GACCACCGCACAGCAGCAUUGUGUUGAACGUGUGCGUGCGUGUGAACUAAACGAGCCGAGCACUCCCGGCCUGGCACCGGCUCCGGCUCCAUCGGACGUUCCGCUCCGGGUUUUGGCGGCCUCUCUCGCCGCAGUGGGAGGAAGUGGAGCCACCAGAGGCGAGCGCAGCCAGCCAGCCGCGCUAUCGAGCGAAAGUCGACAAAAACACGGAGGACGGCAGCCACCUCUGCGGUGACAUGUUCGCUACCGGAGCCGGGGAGCGGUUUGCGUCAGCUUCGUGAGCCCCAGGGAUACAACCAACCCCCAGGACACCCAGCUGUUGGACGGAGGCUCUCCCAGUUCGGUCAGCCCGCUCGCAAGAGGUCGCGGGGAGCUGGCGGAGCACGAAGCCCGAUCGCCCCGCACCUCCCGUUUUAUUUGACGGGACGCUUCCACGCCAAAGCCCCGGUGCCCCCUCAACCACCGUCGCCGUUGCAGUUUGCGCUUUUUGUCGUCUCCGCCAUUUGCGUCGUGGAGGAAAAGUUGAGCGAGCAAAGUGCUGCCCCCCCGCCCCCACCCUCCCCUCCCCGAGUAGCCCUCGGCGCUGGCUGCCCCGGCAACGAGGCUCCCCUGAAGCUCCGCAAGCCGCCAUGGAAGCUCUCGGGCCCCGAUAACCUCUCUUAGGUGGGCGCCUGCGGGUCGUCUUUCUUUUUUAGGGGGGAGGAAACCUGCCCGACUUCCCCUCGAGCGAGAGGCACACGUCAACCUGCCGGUUAGCCCGCUAGCCUAGCCUGUUAGCUCCGCGGCUAACUAGCUAACUUUAUUUAUAAAGUACUUUCAAAACAAGCACGACUGAAAACAAAGUUCUGUGCACAAAUUUAAAUCAAAUAUAAUAAAAAUAUUUGACAAUUAACAAUAACGUUAGAACCCUGACGUUAUCAUUUGGCGUCCUGGCGAGCUACGCGCUAUCUAGCUCAGCAAACAUCGCCGUCGAGGUUAGCCUCCUGACGUUAGCAUUUAGCAUCCUGACGGGAGCUCAUCAUCCUCUGCGAGCACCGGAGUGCAAGCGGGCAAGCAGCCUUCGUUCUCCCCACUCGCAGGAGCUCAUUUCGCGGACGAGGACGUAAAAGUGUCGGCGGGGAUCCGCGGGCAGGCAGGAGUGUAUGUGGAAUGCAAACGAGGCUCGCUCAUUUGUGUUUGCUCGCUGGGAGACAUUUGCAUUGCGACGAGGAUCGUUUUAAAAGAGGUGAAGGAAACAGAAGCAGCAGUUGGAGGAUCUUCACAGCUCGUCAGCCGGAACAAAAGACCCCUGCUCUCCCCACUCAAGGCCGGCGUGGACCUUGUCUUCGAGGGGGAGCACAUGCUGCAUCGAGCCGGGGCGAUCCCUCGGGGAGUCGCGGCGUGUUUGUUACUCCGCCGCGCACUUAAUGGGAUUACAAACUCGCCGAUUGAAAGUUCGAUGAAUCCACCCAUCACCAUGACACUGUGAGGCGGCCGUGGACAAUCACAGGAACCCCCCACCCCCACCCAAGAACCAGCAGGAGCAGCAGGAGCAGCCCCCCACCCCGGGCCAUUGAUGGUGGUCCCAUCUGGCGUUGGAGGAGCUCCGUGUUUGUGAACGAUUCUCGACCGCGAAGAUGGCGGACCUGGAGGCCGUGCUGGCCGACGUCAGCUACUUGAUGGCGAUGGAGAAGAGCAAGUCGACCCCCGCCGCCAGAGCCAGCAAGAAGAUCAUCCUGCCAGAGCCCAGCAUCCGCAGCGUGAUGCAGAAAUAUCUGGAGGAGCGCGACGAGCUGGCCUUCGACAAGAUCUUCAACCAGAAGAUCGGCUUCCUGCUCUUCAAGGACUUUUGUCUGAAUGAAAUCGACGAGGCCGUCCCGCAGCUCAAGUUCUACGAAGAUAUCAAAGACUACGAGAAGCUGGACUCCGAGGAGGAAAGACUCAGUCGCAGUCGGCAGAUCUACGACGGAUACAUCAUGAAGGAACUGCUGUCGUGUUCGCAUCCCUUCUCCAAAAAAGCUGUGGACCACGUCCAGAGUCAUCUGGCCAAGAAGCAGGUGCCCCCCACACUCUUCCAGCCGUACAUCAUGGAGAUCUGUGACAGCUUGCGAGGGAAAAUCUUCCUCAAGUUCAUUGAGAGCGACAAGUUUACGAGAUUUUGCCAGUGGAAGAAUGUGGAGCUCAACAUACACUGGGCUUUAUAUUGUCAAAGCAAACACUGUUGGAGAGGCGGAACCAGAGAACGUGUCACUGGUCAACGCGGCUGGCUACGCUCGUUACCAUGGCAACGACAACAACAAUGGUUCGGGCCAAUGUAUUGUGUGGAGCGAAAUGAGGAAAAAUGUGCGGUGGUCAUCACCGGUGCUCGGGAGAGGACGUUCAUUCAAAGAUUGCUUGAGCUGACCAUGAACGACUUCAGCGUCCACCGCAUCAUCGGCCGCGGCGGCUUCGGCGAAGUUUACGGAUGCAGGAAGGCCGACACGGGAAAGAUGUACGCCAUGAAGUGUCUGGACAAGAAGCGCAUCAAGAUGAAGCAGGGCGAGACGUUGGCGCUCAACGAGCGGAUCAUGCUGUCGCUCGUCAGCACGGGGGACUGCCCGUUCAUCGUGUGCAUGACGUACGCUUUCCACACGCCCGACAAGCUCUGCUUCAUCCUGGACCUCAUGAACGGCGGCGACCUUCACUACCACCUGUCGCAGCACGGCGUGUUCAGCGAGAAGGAAAUGCGCUUCUACGCCGCCGAGAUCAUCCUGGGCCUGGAGCACAUGCACAACCGCUUCGUGGUCUACAGAGACCUCAAACCUGCCAAUAUCCUGCUGGACGAACACGGCCACGUUCGCAUCUCCGACCUCGGCCUCGCCUGCGACUUCUCCAAGAAGAAACCUCACGCCAGCGUGGGCACCCACGGCUACAUGGCCCCUGAGGUCCUCCAGAAAGGGACGGCGUACGACAGCAGUGCCGACUGGUUCUCGCUCGGCUGCAUGCUCUUCAAGCUCCUACGAGGGCACAGCCCGUUCCGGCAGCACAAGACCAAAGACAAACACGAGAUUGACAGGAUGACGCUUACUAUGAACGUGGAACUUCCCGACUCGUUCACGGCCGAACUCAAAGAACUUCUGGAAGGUCUCCUGCAGCGCGACGUCGCCAAGAGGCUGGGAUGCCAGGGCCGGGGGGCGUCCGAGGUCAAGGACCAUCCCUUCUUCAAGGGCAUCGACUGGCAGCAGGUCUACCUGCAGAAGUACUCGCCGCCAUUGAUCCCGCCCAGAGGGGAAGUCAACGCCGCCGACGCGUUCGACAUCGGCUCCUUCGACGAGGAGGACACCAAGGGCAUCAAGCUCCUGGACAGCGACCAGGAACUGUACAAGAACUUCCCACUGGUGAUUUCCGAGCGUUGGCAACAGGAAGUUGCCGAGACCGUCUACGACGCAGUCAACUCGGACACAGACAAGAACGAGGCCCGCAAGAGGGCCAAGAACAAACAGCUCGGACACGAGGAAGACUACGCGCUGGGCAAGGAUUGCAUCAUGCACGGCUACAUGCUGAAGUUGGGGAACCCGUUCCUCACCCAGUGGCAGCGGCGCUACUUCUAUCUCUUCCCCAACCGGGUCGAGUGGCGGGGAGAGGGAGAGUCACGGGAAACAUGGCUGGCGAAACACUUGACGCAGCUCAAAGACUCGCAAAACCUUCUGACGAUGGAGCAAAUCGUUUCUGUGGAGGAGACGCAGAUUAAAGACAAAAAGUGCAUCCUGCUGCGUAUCAAAGGAGGGAAACAAUUUGUGCUGCAGUGCGAGAGCGAUCCCGAGUUGGUGCAGUGGAAGAAGGAGCUGACCGAGGCGUUCACCGAAGCUCAGAAAUUGCUGCGUCGUGCUCCCAAAGUCAUCGGCAAGAGUCGCACCGGCGGCGUGGUGGAGCUCUCCAAACCCCCCCUCACGCACCGCAACAGCAACGGCCUGUGAAUGCGCACGCACGCACAAUACAUGCUAUACACACACACGCACACAUACGCACUCUCACACACGCGUUACGACCAAUUGUAGUUUUCCCGCCAUGGGACUUUGCCAGAUGUGGAGCAGAAGCAGCAUGUGAAGAACUUUGCAUGUACCCCCCCACCCAGGACCCCCUCAACACACCCCCGCCCCCCACUCUCGCAAGGACCCCAGGGGCAACCCCCCCAAGUAUUAUGAAGUGCGUCAAGUGCCAACAUGGCCUCUUACUGGAGGGGGCGGGCUGAACAUUCCACUGCGGCAAACAGGAAGUGAACACAACACAAACUCGUCUCUGAUUGGCUGCCGCUCACCCAAUCGGUAAAGACUGCGAUUCCGCUGCACUCUGUUGCUAUGGUAACUACACACACUGGUUGGGGGGCGUCAGGGGAGUCUUGUAUAUAUUUGUGUUCAGUGUUUGCAACAGCAUCUGUAUGGGCGGAGGGAGGGAGGGGCGGGGCUAAGACAGGAAGUAGUUAUUUGUCACCCUGGCGACGCCGCAUUCUCACAGGAAACUGGAAGUGAGCUCUGAAAGGAGGCAGAGUCAAUCAACAUAAGCCCUGUUAGCAUUUUAGUUGGUGCUAGAAACACCCAAAUGAGUUUUUGGUGCAGAGUGCAGAACAGGGACACGCUCUAGAAUGCUCUAGAAUGAAGUUCGAAACAAACUAGAGUGUAGAAUGCUGGAUAGUGUUUUCUACAUGCUAAAACAAAUUUUCCAGAAUUCCAGAUCUCGUGGGUUCUACAAUAUAAUGGAGCAUUCUGGUGAUUGGUAAUGAACAAUCUGUAUUAUUCGGCGUUUUCAAGCGUUCUAGAAUGUUCUAUAACAGUAUAAACAAAUCCAAAUUGUUCUAGAAUAUGCUACCAAAAUAAUUUUUUAAAACCUAGCUGGAUCCAGAGGGUUCUGCAACAUUAUGGAGCGUUCUGGUGUUUGACAAUGAAUGUUCUACAAGGUUCUGCAUCACUAUAGUUAUCUCCAACUAUUUUUGAGCGUUCUAGUGUUUGACAAUAAAUGUUUCCAACAUAGUAGAAUGUUCUACAACAUUUUAGAGCAAUCUACAUUCCAAAACAUCCCAGCAUGAUGUACUAUAUUGUAGAAUGUUCCAAAAUAAAUGUAUGACUACAUUUUAAAAUAUUUUAAAAACUGAACUAUAAUGCCUGGAAUGGUAAAAAAUGAUUGUUCUACAACUUUGUACAACAGUCAAGAAAGAGCUACAACGUACUAGGAGCGUUUACAACAUAAAACAUUCUAGAAUACACUGCAAUGUUGUAGAAUAUUCCAAUCUUAAUGUUUCAUCUACAGUACUUUGUAGAAUGUUCUCGAAAGUUCUAAACAGAACUGUAAUGCCUGGAAUAAAGGUUCUGCAAUUUUUUAGAACAAUUUAGAAGGUUCUGAAAUAUACAACAUAAACCAUUAUUCUAGAAGGGUCUACGACAUUCUAGGAAUUCCAAACUGAAGGUUUUAGGAUGACAACAAUGUUCUAUAACAUUCUAGGAUCUAGAGAGUUCUGCAAUGUUAUAGAGUGUUUUAGUGUUACACCACGAACGUUCUACAGUGUUGUACCGCAUUCUAGAGGGUUGUAUAUCUAUGUACUUCAUUCAAAAUCAUUCUUGAAUGUUCUAGAGCGUUGCGUCGUCAAAGAGCAUGGCGGCGGUGGCAAUGGUGACGCCGAAAGGAGCGCUGUGACUGAGCCGUCGAGUGCGGCGGAGGAGUUAGCGUGGUUCGCCCGAUUAGCAUCGUUAGCGCUGGUUUGUUUUGUUUGUGACGGCGGGUGGGCACCGUCGCACCUCUCAAGGUGUCUUUUUCAGUUUUUUUAGGCUUUUCAUUUUGUGUCGUUCGUCCGUGCAUCUUUUUUAGCGCCAUGUGCUAACUCGCUACAUGCUAGUGUCAAUGUGCCAAACAAAGGGGGCGGAGCCAGCGGGAAGCCUUACACGUCCCGUCGCGCCGACAAGAUGGUGGCUGGUCGCCGUUUCUCCCAAGGGAACAAAAACUGACCAAUCGCGUGACCGCCGCCACUCCCCACUUCCUGUUCAUGCUGUUUGGACGCUACCGGAGCACAGUGACAAAAUAAAAGUAUAAAUAAAUGAAAUAAAGAAAUAUAUGUGUAUAAGAAAGCUUUACGUUUAUUUAAAAGAUUUAAUGUAGAAAAAAAUACAAGAACAUUUGGGGGAUUUUAUUGUGAUUUUCUUUCAGGUGUUUGUGGUGAACAAUCUUGCACAUAAAGACUUUCAAAACAAAAGCC